AACCCAAAUUAUAGGCAGAGUCAUACCUUUUACUGUUCGUCUCUUGCUCUAUCAAUCUCACUCGCCUGUUUUCAGAAAGUAGAAUUAUAUUCUAGGGCUUCAGUUUUUGUAUCUGCACUUGGAAUUGCAGUUGAAAAUGGCGGACGAAGCAAAUCGAACUGCUUUUAUUGAAAUUCAGGGUCGAAUGAUAGAGACUACCGGUAAAUUGAAGCAGGUUCAAACCCAGAUUCGAAACAAAGAAACCGAGAAGAAGCGUGCUUAUUUGACAUUGGAGGAACUGAAACAGCUGUCUGAUGACACUAAUACAUACAAAGCCAUAGGCAGAACAUUUGUCUUAGAGCCAAAGGCUGUGUUAAUGAACGAGCAAGAGCAAAAACUCAAGGAUGGUGAAACUGCAAUUGCCUCUUUGCAGACUUCUAAAGAGUAUUUGGAAAAGCACAUGGCGGAGGUGGAGAAUAACCUUAGGGAGCUCUUGCAACAAGAUCCUGGUCUUGCUCGUCAGAUAAUGACCAUGUCUGUAGCAUAGAUUUUCUGCUUCUCAAGUUCCUUUUGUCAACUCUCUUUCCUUGGAAGAAAAAAAAAACGAUAGCUUCUCAAAGAUUUUCUGGAACUUCAAAUUCUAGGUAAAGAAUACACUCUGUACUGGCUGUAUGAGGAACUUAUCCACCUGAUUUCUGGCACGCUGCUGUGUUGGUCGUAAAAUCGUAAUGCUUACUUCUAUUGGACCUGGAAUUGGUCUAGAGACUACUGCGAGUCAAGUCGUAAAAUUCAUUAGAAAUGUUGUGUAUUAGCUACCUUAACAAUUUUGCGGGUUUGAGUUUCCAAAUAGUUAAUACUUAAUGGUUGGAUGUAUCUUUCUGCAAAUUGUUCCCCAAGUAAGGUUUUUGAUUUUGAUUGAAGAUAUAUUGUCUUCAAAAUUGGAGAAUUACUCGUGCUUUUUCUUUUCAGUGGAAAAAAGUGAAAUUUCUUCAUGUA